AGCGACAGAUGUUAUAGGUCGCACAUUGUCAUUAUUCUGUGGUAUUCGAGAUUCGAAGAUCGUGAGCGUGAUUUCAAAGAGCGGAGCAGUGUAUAUUUACACGGUGUUCGUGCUUCGCGAAAACCGAGUGCAAAAACGAUUUGUGUACUCAUAACAGCGGCUUACACGUUGCUCCGAACAGAAUCGUAACGAAAAAUGGCUCUACCAUCAGAGGACGUUAUGAAUACCAAUCUCGAUGAUCCUGUAACAAAAGCAGUGGUUGAUAAUAUCAUGGGCAAUCUGCCCACGAAAAAACCUCUCGUUCGUUGUGAAGACUGUGACCUUUCCUUCACAAGCCAAGCAGUGUUGGAUACACACUUACAAGGUGCACGCCAUGCUAAACAGGUAAGAUCUAAGAAUAUAAUGGCAACACUUGAAGAAACAAAGAUUUCAUUUACGAAAGAUGAAGAAACAAAUGGGCUUAAAUGCAAUGUAUGUAAUGUGUGCUUGAACUCUAUUCAACAAUUACAAACACAUCUUAAUGGAAGUCGUCAUAAAAAGAAAUUAAUGAGAGGUGAAUGGGAUGGCAAAGAGGUUGUCACCCAAGGGAUUGCAUUGGCAUCAUCAACUGGUAGCGCGCAACAAUCCAGUCCCACAAAAGGGGUUUCACUUUCCUGCGAUAUUUGUAACAAGUUCUUCAACUCCCAAUCUCAAUAUAGUGUGCAUAUGAAUUCGGAGAAACAUGCUGACAAAGUGAAGAGAUCUAAGAAUCCGAAUAAGAAAAGAUUUGUUCCAUAUUGGAAAAAAACAAAACGAAAUGUAAUUCCCAAGGGUCAAAUACCAUCCUUGUCAAACAACUUUGUAUCAGGCGGUAUUACAUAUCAACCAUAAGCUGUAAACUUA